GGAAAGCGCGGGCGACGCUUUCCGCUUCCGGUCCGUGCCCUUGCCCGUCCGUGUCCUGGCGGGGAUGUUGGCGGCGGCGGCGGCUCGGUGGCUGACGCGGGCUGCGCUGCGAGCGGGCGCAGGCCCGGCGGCGGCGGCGCAGGCCCGGCUGGCGGGGAGCUCCGCCGCGGAGACUCGCCCUACUGUCAGACCAAAAAAUGAAGUAGAACAGAAGCAGCUCUGUGCUUUUGGAGAGUAUGUGGCUGACAUUCUGCCCAAGUAUAUCCAGCAAGUACAGGUGACCUGUUUCAAUGAGCUGGAACUUUUGAUCCAUCCAGAUGGGAUCAUUCCGGUUCUGACCUUCCUUCGAGAUCACACUAAUGCUCAGUUCAAAUCCUUGGCUGACUUGACUGCUGUUGAUGUCCCAUCUCGGCAGUACCGCUUUGAGAUUGUGUACAAUCUCCUGUCUCUGCGGUUCAACAGUCGGAUCCGUGUGAAGACAUACACUGAUGAGCUGACACCUGUUGACUCAGCAGUGUCUGUGCACAAGGCAGCAAACUGGUAUGAAAGAGAGGUUUGGGACAUGUAUGGUGUCUUCUUUGCCAACCACCCUGAUCUAAGGCGAAUCCUCACAGACUAUGGGUUUGAGGGCCAUCCUUUCCGGAAGGACUUUCCACUCUCUGGUUACGUGGAGGUGCGGUAUGAUGAUGAAGUGAAACGGGUAGUGGCAGAGCCUGUGGAGCUAUCUCAGGAAUUUCGCAAGUUUGAUCUGAAUAGUCCUUGGGAGGCAUUUCCUGCCUAUCGUGCAGCUCCAGAACCCCUGAAAAUAGAAGCCGGAGCCAAGAAAGAAGAUGCAAAAUAGCAGCAGAAUGGAGCAGAUGCACGGCACCAUCCUUUCUGUUCUAACAUAGUAUUUAUAAUAAUAAAAAUUGAUAGGAGAUUCUUGCCUGUUGUGGUCACAUGAAUAAUGUUGUUUUCAAACUAGAUGAAAAGCGCAGGGUGAGGGAUGCUAUUUGACAAUCCUGAUAAUACCACUGGUAAAUGUUUAUCUGCUGCUUUGAAUUAUAAGACACUGGAUUUGUCUUUUUGGUUUGCAAAUUGAAUGGAGUCUAGGCAUUCCCUGUGGCUAAGAUGCUUUAUAUACACUGCUUCUGCUAGCUGUCCCUGCAGGCAUACAUCAUAACCUGAGCACUCACUCGGAGACUGUACUGAAGCAGCUGUGUAGCUUAAGCAAUGGGACAGCAGUAUCUCAGCUCCACGAUGAAUGUUGGGAAGACCAUAAUAAUAUAGCUAACAGGCAAAGCUUUUGUAAAUGGUUCUAAUACAGUUGUUAUUAGGACAACACAAGAUGUACCUGGAUCCAGACCAAAACAAUUGUGGAAAUCUCUGCAUUGUUUUCUUGGGAAUUAGGUCAGCGCCUGUUCUCCUGGCAGAAGGAGUUGCAGGUAACCUCUCAUGUGCUACUCCCUCAUGAUGGCUUUUUCUUCACAAUCAAGCAGUCUUUACUUUCUCCAGCAUCUUCAGAUUGUGCUUUUUCCUGCAGUCAAAAAUAUCUCCCUUCCCUUGUUCCAUAGACAAGAGUCUAUGCCUUUUUGUCACUAUUCCCAUUAUUUUGAGCUGUAUGAUAUAAUAGCAUUACCACUAUCUUUGCUCUUGUGGAAAAUAUCAGCUCUCUCCAAAAAAGCUGGAAAAACACUGUAGUUUCAGUCCACCCACCACCUGUUUGAAUGGGAUUACAUUACAGCAGUCAUCAAUUAAUGUCCCUUGUCCUUAGUCCAGAAAAUGCAUCAGAAAGCUGGCUGGCCUCAUUAAGAUCUGAAAAGUAUUGUGUAAGAGAUUUCAUAAAAUAAUUCACAAGCUGUUUGUAGAGAUUCCCUGAAUCACUGCUUAAGCUUUUAAAUUGUAAAAGCACUAAUUAAAAAAGGCAUUUGGGGACGUUACAGCAUGGGGUGGAGGAAGGGAUGGGACAAUAAUCAAUUAAGAAAAAAAAGGGACAAGUACUCGUGGCUAGAAUGUGAUCUGUUUUCAAGAAUAAAGAGCUGAACUGUA